AUGCAAUCCGCUGCUACAAACCCGGGGAUGAUCCACGUUGUCUGCAAGGCCGACAACCGGCAACACGCUGUGGUGAAUAUUCCUCCAUCAGUAGACCAAAAGCUGCCUUCCUCGUCGCUCCGUGCGCGACCGAUCCUUCUAGGAUUAACUUCCAACAACCUCAGUUACGCCCGUGGAGGAGAUCUACUGCAUUGGUGGAAGACGUACCCGGUACCACCUGCCGCGCCCUCUCCAUACAACGAUCAGUCGUCCUGGGGCAUCGUCCCCGCAUGGGGAUACGCCACCGUCACCGAAAGCAAUGUUCCCGGAAUCCCGCCAGGCUCCUUCAUCUGGGGAUACUGGCCUACCGCGACGUCGCCCACUCUCCUGCACUUGGAACGUAGCGAGCCAGACGGCCACUGGGUGGAGGUUAGCAGCCACAGACAACAGCUGAUGCCUAUAUACAAUCACUACGAGCUGGUACCCUCCGAUGAAGAAAAGGAGUUGGAUGAGAGAGCGUGGAGUACCCUCUUCCGAGGGGUCUGGGUCGCCGGAUACCUGCUGAGUGAGUAUGUGUUUCCUCCUGACCCGCGAGUACGACAACCAGUCCAUCCUCUCGGCGCGGCGAGCAAACUACCCUGGUCUGCGGAUGAUGCAGACCUCUCGUCUGCAGUUGUGGUGGUUUUGGGGGCGUCGACCAAGACUGCGCGCUCCCUUUCAUGGUGUCUCUUUGACCGGCCCAGGGCGAGCGGACCGCUGGGAUUAGUACAGGUUACUUCGUCGCCUGGUGUUUUGCAGCAGGUAGCAGGUAGAAAAGGCUGGGGGGAUAUCUCCAAGGCAGUGGCAUAUACGGAAAUCGACCAAGCAACCGGAUGGAUUGAGAGUCUGCAGCCGUCAAAGGUCGUCAUUAUAGAUUGCGGGGCGCGGGAGAAUGCGCUCAUUCAGAUAUGCCAGAAUCUUCAGGAGUCGGCGCUUCGGUCAUGCAAAAGUGUCAUUCUGCAGGUGGGCAGUCAACAGAAGGUGUACACGAGGGAGGAAGUGCAGGCAGCCCGUGCAGCUAUGCAAUCGUUGGGAAAGAUACAGUACAACACUUCUGGCAUCCAGGACACAAUCAUCGACCGGGAGGGUGCUGCAACAUAUUUCGGAAAGGUUUCGCGCAGGUGGAAGGAAUGGUUAGCGGACCGUGCCUCCGCCAUCCCAGACAUGCAGUUAGUCUGGGGACAGGGCAUUGCUGGAGAGAAUGGAAUCUAUGGAGGAUGGGAACGACUUUCGAAUGGUGAAGUGCGCCCUGAAGAGGGAUUGGUUUAUGCCCUGUAG